AUGGACCCCAGCAUCGUGCAGAAGUAUGGGCCGGGCAUGUCUUUCUAUCUUGCGAAGACGAAGCGCUCUUUGAGCCAGAAAAUGGAAACUCAGGUGCUCUUAUCAGUCAGGGAUUAUUCCACAACACUGCAAGCCCUCCACGCCAGCAACGACGACCUACAAGAGAAAAUGAGCAAACUGCGUUCGAACACACUGCGACUCGAGCUUGACCUGAUGAAACUCCAGCGACAAGCCAAGUCGUUCCGUACGGAGUGCCUUGGGACAUGGCAGGCGGACGUCCUCACUCGGCUCAUCGAAGUGGUCUAUGAGCGACAUAGGUGGAAAAUGCCCGGGAGACUCACGCCUGGAGGCUACCCUACUGGAGAUCGGGAUACCCUGUCCACGCUGUAUGCAGUGGCCGCGCGGAAGAUUAAGAAAGAAACGCUGAAACGGAGCUUCGGCCUCCCCGUCCAGUAUUAUGAGGCACUACAGAAGUACGAUGAGAUUGUCCAAUUCCGCAGUACGAAUCCAUCCCAGACAGAGGGUAGAUUCCACAAGAGCCUGGGGUCAUCGUUGCGGGUAAUCCAUGCCAUCUCGUGGGAGCCCACGGCCUUCCGCCCAGCAAACAUCAGGGGGAAGCGCUGGACAGUGGCUGGUAGGGGCGAGGACCCAUCUCAGCCGUCCUGGGAGGAUGAUCCCACAGCUCUCCAACACGAACUGCCGUCUGACUGGCCGGGUUUCUGA